CAAGCCAAAGAUAAACACGUAGCCAGACGAGCAGGGGCGAGGGGAGUAAUUGUUGGAGAGUGUCUGCUGUGAAACUGUUGAAAUGGAGUAGCUGGUGAGAAUACGUAGUUAUUAGCAGGCAAGGAAACUCUCGUUAGAUCGGCCGAGGAGCAAGUCGUCUCCAGAUACAGAGUCGUGUCUAAAGCUUUGUCCAAAAUGGUACGAGCUGCUUUGGUGACUGCCACCAGUCUGGCACUGACUGGGGCAGUGGUGGCACAUGCUUACCUCCUCAAACACCAAUUCUACCCAACUGUGGUCUACCUCACAAAGAGCAGCCCGAGCAUGGCGGUGUUGUACAUCCAAGCCUUUGUGUUGGUGUUUCUGCUGGGAAAGUUCAUGAGAAAGGUCUUUUUUGGACAGCUAAGGGCUGCAGAAAUGGAGCAUCUCAUCGAGCGCUCCUGGUAUGCGGUCACUGAGACAUGCCUGGCCUUCACUGUGUUCAGGGAUGACUUCUCCCCUCGCUUCGUCGCACUCUUCACUCUUCUGCUCUUCCUUAAGUGCUUCCACUGGCUGGCUGAGGACCGUGUGGACUUUAUGGAACGGAGUCCUAACAUCUCCUGGAUCUUUCACUUUAGAGUGUUGUCUCUCAUGGGACUGCUUGGUGUCCUUGACUUCCUGUUCGUCAACCAUGCAUGUCACAGCAUCAUAACUAGAGGAGCCUCAGUCCAGCUUGUAUUCGGAUUUGAGUAUGCCAUCCUGAUGACCAUGGUGCUGACCAUCUUCAUCAAGUACAUUCUGCACACAGUCGACCUGCAGAGUGAGAAUCCCUGGGAUAACAAGGCUGUCUACAUGCUCUACACUGAGCUCUUCACAGGUUUUAUCAAAGUGCUGCUGUAUAUUGCCUUCAUGACCAUCAUGAUAAAGGUCCACACCUUCCCCUUGUUUGCCAUUCGCCCCAUGUAUCUGGCUAUGAGGCAAUUCAAGAAAGCUGUAACAGAUGCUAUAAUGUCUCGGAGGGCUAUCCGCAACAUGAAUACAUUAUACCCUGAUGCAACUCCUGAAGAUCUGCUGGCUUCUGACAAUGUCUGUAUCAUCUGCCGGGAGGAAAUGGUCACUGGAGCCAAGAAACUACCCUGUAAUCACAUUUUCCACUCCAGCUGUUUGCGCUCCUGGUUCCAGAGACAGCAGACCUGUCCUACCUGUCGCAUGGACGUCCUGCGGGCUUCAAAUAAUAAUCAGACUCCUGCCCCAGCUCAGGCUCCACCCCCUGCUCCAGCAGCACCUGCCAAUGCAGCAGCAGUCCCUCCUGUUAAUGUGGCUCCAGGCAUGUUGCCAGCUUUUCCUCCUGGCAUGUUCCCUUUCUGGGGUCCCUUCCCUGCAGUGCCUCCUCCUCCUCCUGCUGCUGCUGCAGCUGAAGCUCCUGGUGCUACUGAUGCUCCACAAAGCAGCAGAGACGCCACACACGCAGCUGGUACCAGCCAACCCACAUCGUCUACUGCAGACACCUCCACUGCAGCAGCUGCUCCAGGAGCCGCAAUCCCAGGCUUCCCCUUCUCUUUCCCUCCUCCCUUCCCCACUGCACCAUGGCUGCCCAUGCCACCGCCUCCCUUUGUGUCAUCAAUGCCUCCCCCUCCGCCGUCUCUGUCCCGAAUGUCUGAGGAGGAGCUGAGGGAGCUGGAGGCUGAAGGUCGGCGUGGCCUUGAGGCCAGACUCCAGUGUCUCCAAAACAUCCACACUCUGCUUGAUGCCGCCAUGCUGAACAUCCACCACUACCUCAGCACCGUUGCCACACUAACUCCUCCUCAGCCUGAAGGCAGCACUGGAGAAGCAAGCGGGACAAACCCCACAGCUUCGUCCUCUGCAGCUGGCAGCUGCUCUGAGAGUGCGGCCCAGGUGGAGGAGGAGGAAUCUACCAGCUUUGUUGAAGUGAAUGGUGCUGCAGUGUCUUCUCAGCCUGCUGAUUCCACCUCCACUGCCUCAGAGACAGAAAGACAUGAAAUAAUGAAUGAAGAAGUGGCGGCAGGCGAGGAUGGAGAACCAAACACUGCCGAGCUGAGACGCCGUCGCCUCCGUAAGCUGGAAUCAUCGUCAUCUCCACCCCCUCCAGAAAACUGAUCCGUGUGUAGACUUGGACAUAUCGCUCUGGACCAACAGGAACUAUGAGCUGAUUGAUCUUUUCUUUGGUUCUUCAUUGCCUCUGUUUCUGGCGGCUCUGGCCUUCCACAGGCUCAGGUUUCUAACUGUGUUGAACUGUGUUAGUCUCAGGCUGCUGGGAGACACAGUGAUCUUUAGUAAACCUCUUCUUUAGUGCUCAUAUGGACCCUGUCUGAAAGCACUUGCUCUACUCCUUCUUUACCCCCCCCCAAAUGACUACUGCAAUAACAGCACUGCAGGUGUUUGUAGGUUUAAUCAGGUGGAAGAGGAAGUCUUCAGUCAAUGUGACAGAGAUGGUAUUUGGACGUGUGCUAGUUUUACAGUCAGUGACGUCUUUGAUUUGUGUUUAAUUUCUGCUUUUCUCAAUGUAAAGGUGGUUGCAUUCACCACAUCAACAUGUUCCACUGAACCAGGAUCAGAGUCAGUGAACUGAGAUCACCACAUUUGCUUUUUUUUCCCUUUAACAUUGUUCAGUUAACUGGUUUUUCAACAUUGCCACCACAGAUGUUGUAAGAUACUGAUUUAUUUGAAUGUGUACAUACUGUAUAGAGUUUUAAUAGGAUGAUCUGUACAUAAAGCAGAAUAAACUGUUUGAAAAUGUA